AUGAGGGUCACCCGUGGGAUAAUAUUUCGGGGGCCAGUUUUGCGUUGCGAACAAGUUGCUAAGCGACGUGUUACUUGGGCGAAGGGUGUCUAUAAUUUCAGAUCAAAACAUACCCUUCCCAACGUAUCGCCGGGAGUGGAAAAGUCUUCAUCUGACACUAACCGCCAAUGUCAGACCUCGCCGCCGACUAUCCCCUCAUCUCCGCUUAGCUUAUCCUUUUGGAAAUCGCCUCCCAUUUGGAAAAGAGCCAUGCUCAACACACUGCGCUGCUUAAUUGGGUGUACAAUCGGCGACUUCUCCGCCAUGUGGUUCUUACAGGCGUACUACCCGGAUUUAAGCGUCGGAUACAUCAUGGGAGUAGCUAUGGCGAGUGGCAUUGCAAGUUCUAUGACCCUUGAAACCGUUUUGCUUCACCUUGGACGUGAUAAAUUGGGCUGGGCGCAGGCUUUCAAAACGGCUGCAGGGAUGAGUACGAUCUCAAUGCUUAGCAUGGAGGCAGUCCAGAAUACAGUGGACUACCAUUUGACCGGUGGAGUGGUCGCUCUCUCUGACCCUUAUUUCUGGGGUGCUGCUGGUGUGUCUAUGGCCGCAGGCUUCCUUGCGCCGCUCCCAUAUAACUAUAUCAGGCUACAAAAAUAUGGGAAAGCGUGCCAUUAG